AUGUCUAUCCAACUUGUGCCAUACAACAAUGCUAUGCGACUUGGGCAAGGUUUCAAUUCCUAUACUCAAACGAUUUGCGUUGAUGACGCGGUGAUUGUUGAUCCAAAGCGUGCUGAAAAUGUGCUCACGAACGAUGGCACCACGAUGAGGAUCUUGUCAGAGAAGAGCAAUGCAAUCAGCGUCUGGAACCGACAGCGAGAGAUUAUCAAUGAUGACCGAGCUGAGAAGGUUACCAAAAAGGACAAAGCUGAUGCCAUCGAGGAUGGUUCUGAGGAGAAGAAGAAUAUCGAGAAACAGAAAGAAAAACCAGAAUCUAGUGAAAGGCGCGCUUCGGCAUCUGAGGAAAGUGAUUCUUUUGGGGGAACACCCGAAGACUUGACUGACCAGGAAGACCUGAAGCCAAAACCCAAGGACAAUAGCCAUGGUAAAGAUGAGGAAAAGCCCAAAGAAGAUGCACCCACGAAGUCUAAGGACGAUGCACCUACCAAGGAUAAUGAGCCCAAGGAGUCCGGCGAGAAGAAGAGCAAAUCCAAACCCACCAAAUCUGACAAUAAAACUUCAUCAAAGUCGACUGACGAAAAGAAACGAGAGAAAGAGCAGGAAUUGUCAGAUGAAAAAAAGGCAGAGAAAGAACGCAAGCAUUACGAGAAGAAAAAGCUCGACGAAUUGCGCAAGCACCAGGAAGAGAUUGAAAAAGAAUUGAGGGAGGAGGAUAAAGAGCUUCGAAAGGAGGAACGCGACGAAAAGAGGGAGAUUCGCAAAGAAAAACGCGAAUUCGAUGCCGAAAGACGACGGGAAACUCUCAAGAGCAUUGCUGAAGCUGCCAACUUGAAGGCAGCAAGCCUCAAAGAUCUCAGAAAGAUUGCCGAUGAGAAUGCAUUUGUGAACAGAAUGACUGGGAUGUUGGAGAAUGAGAAGCGAUACAUAUUCGACGGUACCGGAUCUCGCGGACCCAGCCAGAUAGUAACCUAUACCAGUCGCUUUGUCGAUCGUCUGAGUGACGUAACAGACGACAUGUGUGUCUCAGGUGCCCUCUCCAUCAAAGCUGGUAAGAUUGGCGGAUCUGGCAAGGGCUCGUUUGUAGACUCGGACAAGUUCAAAGAGAGUGAUUUGAACUUUUUUAUAUCGGUCAAGGUAGUCAACCAGACGAUCAACUUCAAAGACGCUCUGGUCUACAACCCGAUUCGAGGAAUCUCCGGCGACGAAUUUCGACCAGUUUUUGGUGACAGUUUCAUUGCCGGUUUCGUGGAGGGUGGUGAAUUCAACGCACUUGUCAGCAUGAAAAUUCUGAACAAAGCUAAAAAGACUGACAUUGAAGCGGAAGCAAAGGUUGCUCUGACUAUGGGACCUGUCCAAGCCAGUGCUGAAGGCAACGUCGGAAUCGCCAAGUCCAACCUUGCUACCAACACCGAGACGACAAUCCAGGUCAACUGGUCAGGAGGAGGCCAUAUCAAACCGAUGGAGCAGCAGUGGGAUCUUUCCAGUCUGAUGCAGGCUGCCGCUCGUUUCCCAGAUCUGGUCGCCGACUGUCCUCAACGUACGUAUGCCAUUCUAGGCAAAUACGACACAUUGAGAAGCUUUAUCGAAACACUGCCCGUGAAAAUCAGCCCUUUGAAAUACGAAUUAGCUCAAGCCUAUACUAAUUCUCUCUUGGAUUCUUUCAUGAGCUACAAGGCGCUUUACACGAAGCUCGGCGAGCAGAUCUCUGCCGUCCAGAAGAAGACUCUGGAAAUUGAGGCUUGGACAGAAGAUAAGAUCAUUCCGACGACAAGGUUCGGGAUCAACACAGCGAUGGCUAUUGGUCCUUAUAUAGAGAAGAGUUUUCGGUACGAUGCCUCGGUCAAGGGUUUGGGCGAUGCUCGCACGGAGAUUCGCAAGCAGAUGGCUCGUAUCGUUAACGAGGUUGACCUGAUUGAGAAGGACCCUGAAAUUGCAACAGACGAUAAUCACGCUGAGCCUUUUCAAUCUCCGUUGGCUUUUGAGGCACGUCUACCGGGAUUCAAGCUACCGAAGCGCUCUAAGCGUUCCGCGCCUCCACUUACCGGGGUACCCAUCGCACCCGACGUUCAAAACAACACUCAGAGCGACGAAGAACCCGUCCUCAAGAGCGGCGACCUGUUUACCGAGGAAGAGAAAGCAGACUUGUCAAAGAUCGAAGAGGAUAUGCCUGGUGUAGCCCAGCAGCUCCGCGUGACGAAUGCGGUUGGCUUCGUUGAGAAAGUCAAAAAGCCGACAGAGGGAGAAGAGGACGCUGAGCCUGCAGACGAUGGGGACGGCAAGACUUUGAGGAAAACCACUCGAUUUAAUAAUCUCCAAGUCAUGAGGCCGGACUGGAAAGUACUUACCCUCGAGGUGCAAGUAUUCGAGGGUGCAGUUUCGUAUAUUGCCAUUUCCUACACGAAUGGAUUGUUGAUUCAAAAUGGAAUAAAACACAACUCUGCCGAUUCCUUUAGUUUGGGGCCGCUGAAGUACAGUGAGCGGAUCAGCUUUGUGUCCAUCGAGACCGGUGAGCUAGUUCACAAUGGCGAGGCAGACAUCCGCGUUACGGCUAUCGGGCUGUAUACAAACCGUGGUCGUUGCCUCAUCGCGACCGCCCCCACAGAGACCAUGGGAGAUGGAAGGUUCAGAAAACAUGCCCUGGAGUAUCAAAACAUUCGCUUGGUCAAUGUGGAAGCGCCCGUGGAAUACGGUGCGCUCAUUGGAUUCUUCGGCAACCACGAGGAAGGCCGGAGCGACAUCGAGUUGAUUUGCCGACUUGGUCUGAUCUGGGCGGCAACAGAGCCAGUCAACGUACCCGAGGAGAUCAACAAACCCCUUGGAAUGGCUGGGACCAUAAUUACCCACACAACUACUGCACAGAGUGGUGUACAUACUCCUGCGUGCUGGCUUUACAUGGAUCAAUUCGUCGCCCGCGAAAUUGUCAACUUCCCUGCUUCUUACGCAGAGCCGCCACAUUUGAUUUUGGGUAUCAAAUCAAUCGCAGUCCUUCCCGAAGCGCGUGUAGAUGCAGGCGGUGGCCUCUUAGCUGUGAACUCCCAAAACUUCCGAGUCGUAUAUGGAUCUACUGAUAAGAGCUUCUGUGAAUUGUCUCUAGUUUGGAUGUCAAUACCAAAAUCCAGUAUGCACAUUGAGACGAACAUUGGUGAGUUUGAGAAGAAAGACAUGGAUAAAUUUGACGAUCAGGAUUGGAGAGGGCGAACGACCAGAGUGCAAUUCUCAAAACCCUUUAAACAGCCACCAAAAAUAAUUACUUGGCCUGCUAGUUUUAACAUGGGACCGGAAUCGAUUUGGCAUUCGUCCGAUGGGGAUGACAGGGAGAAGGAUGGUUUCACUCUCGAAUUCUGUUACCACAAAGAUGCUGAAGAUAAGAUCAGCGCUGACGGUCAGCAAAUCGGCUGGAUGGCAUUCGAAGAAGAUGAGAUUCCCGGCCGCAUCCAGUACGGCCGUAUCGACACACUCUCUUCUCACGUUGACUUUGAGAAAAGCUUCGACAAAGCUCCAUCUGUAUUCAUCUCUCUCACUAGGAUUGAAGCAAGACGUGUACAAUCUGCCAGUGCAUGGAGCUUUGACAUCAAGUCUGAUCAUAUCCAGGCUAGCGGAUUUGAUUUCUCCUGUGAGGUGUCUAAUCUAGAUGUUUCAGGUGUACAAUUCUGUUGGAUAGCUGUGGUUUAG